AUGGGUGAUCAAGAAUUUCAGAGAAUGACUUGCAAAGUGAGUGUUAGUCUGCCUUUUGAUACCCCAGUUGUUGGAUGUGAAAUCAAGCCAAUUGUUCGUGUUGAAGGAAUUAAUGCCCAAAGUUCCGUUGAAGUUCCACCACAUGCACUCACAUCAGGCAAGCAGCAAAUGAGCAAGUAUGGUGGUUUUGAAAGUGAAAUAACAGUACUUAGGCACAUAAGGGUGCAUUCUUGCCCUCAUGCUUUGAGAUCUUGUUUAAAUGCUUUGAGCCUUUCCACGUUAGGAUAUGAUCCUGGAAUUGAGACGAUAUGGAGGAUACCGGUCAAGGAGAGUUAUCAUUGCUCCACAAACUGCUUCAUAGGUGCAUGGAAAAAACACUUGGAACGCCAUCAGCAAGCAGACAAGACUGUUACCAAACCUAGAAAUGGUGAUCAGCAUGGACUGAGAAAGCUCAGGAGCUGUGGCUCUUGGCCUGACUUUGGCAUCAGCUCAUUACUUGACAAGAGUUCCAUGGUGGAAGUACCAGAAGCAAAGGAAUGGGUUAAAGUUGGCUCAUCAAAAACUUAUGAGCCCUCAGUAGGUGAUGCUGGUUUCUGCUUAAGACUUGAAUCUGUAGCCGUACACUGCUCGACAGGAGCUCAUUUGUCUCCAACAAAUACAAUACUCACUGAAUCUGUCAUCACUUUUCCUACUUGUUGCCCUCGCCAUAUGGUCCAAAUCAGUAGUCAGUCAAAAUCUCGGUCGUCGCAUCCUAAAUCCCAACCUUCUAAUGAUGUAACAUUUAGUGUGCUAUCCUAUAAUAUCCUUUCUGAUAUAUAUGCUAGUAGGGAUAUGUACAGUUACUGUCCAACAUGGGCACUUGCAUGGGAGUACCGGCGGAAAAAUUUGCUUCAAGAGAUCGAUGGAUAUGGUGCAGAUAUCCUUUGUCUACAGGAGGUUCAAAGUGACCAUUUUGAGGAUUUCCUUAAACCCGAGCUAACAAAACGUGGAUACGCAGUCAUGUACAAGAAAAAAACUGAUCAGGUUUAUACAGCUAACAAGUAUAUAAUUGAUGGGUGUGCAAUAUUUUAUCGCCGUGACAGGUUCAAAGAAAUCAAGAAAUAUGAGCUUGAGCUUGAUAAGGCAGCCUCCUCUGUGGUUGAAGCAUUAGAUCCUGGACUGAAGGAAGCUGCUGGAUGUCGCUUGAGCAAGGCCAACGUUGCUCUUAUUGUCUUUUUGGAAGUUCUGAAAACUGGCAGCACUACUGAAGCUUUUCGAUCAAGGAUUUGUGUGGUUGCUAUGCUUGUCCACGAACUGGAGAAAAUUGCUGGUUUGAAGGUUCCUCUAUUGAUUUGUGGGGAUAUGAACUCUCUUCCUGAAAGUGAUCCCUAUAAAUUUCUAGUCAGAGGCAAAAUUGAUUCUCCUCAUCCGAAGAAAGAAAAUGAUCCAUUUGGUGUAUAUCGGCUUCUCAAUCUUCAGCAUUCAUUGUCUCUGAAAAGUGCAUAUGCAUCCUUAUCUGUCUCAGAACGGGUUGGAGAACAGCAGUUGAGGAAUAUCAAUAAAAGCAACCGUGAGCCCUUAUUUACCAACUUCACAUCAGUAUUCUCAGGAACAUUGGAUUAUAUUCUCUACACAGGAGUUGUUUCCCCACUAACUGCAUCUCUAUGUUUCCCAACAGAUAAAAGUUUGGAGGUUGAAAGUCUAUUGGAGCUUCUUGACCCAAAAAACAUGGAUGUUGGCCUUCCAUCACCGUUGUGGUCAUCUGACCAUAUUGCCCUCAUGGCAAGUUUCAGGCUGAAACCAUCUGGAAAUUAUCCAUCACCUUCCUGGAAAUUGCAUCCACCGCCACUUCCUUCAAACCCACAGCACAAGCAACGGCAUGCAUAA